CGCCCUCCCUACCUCCCCGGGGUGGGGGUAGGCGUUCGCCCUCUCCCUUCGCCCCGCGGGGUGCGGAUGGAAUCUCACUGGUCUUCACGCUCUUGCCCGGCUCUCCCGGGCCCUCCAGGCGGAGCCAGGAGCAGUGCCUUCCUGGGACACCCGGCUCGGCCUGGAGCAUCACCUCCUGGCUCCUCAGUUCCUCGGAGCGCCCCCCCGCCCCCGCCUCUGCCGAGUUUUAAACAGACUCUCGUGGCAUUAUCCUUCAGUGGGGCUAUUGGACUGACUUUUCUCAUGCUGGGAUGUGCCUUAGAAGAUUAUGGCGUUUACUGGCCCUUGUUUGUCCUGAUAUUUCACGUCAUCUCUCCCAUCCCCCAUUUCAUUGCCAAAAGAGCAACUUAUGACUCGGACGCCACAAGUAGCGCCUGCCGGGAGCUGGCGUAUUUUUUCACUACUGGAAUUGUUGUCUCUGCCUUUGGAUUUCCUGUUAUUCUUGCCCGUGUGUCUGUGCCAAUGAACCCAUGACACAUUGGACAUCCUAGCCUCAGACCCCGGAGGCAGAGCCACGCUGGAGCCUGUAUUCCUCCUAACGAGCCCCGCAGACGUUUCCCUCACUGGGGCCAAUGCUGUAGUGAGACCAGCCUUGGUGGUUCUUAUGAUCGCAAGACACACAUCAGCAAAAACCUUCGGGGAGCUUUGAGGAACAAGAUUCAGUACCCACAAGUCCUGGAGGGUACACAGCAUGCCUGAAGGCCAAACAGGAAGAUGGUGGGUAAGGAAAGAGAGCACGGAUCUGAAGCUCUGCUUUCAACUUUGGACUCCUCAAAAACUUAACAAUUAAUUAAGUAGUUAAGUAGCCCACUGUUGACCAGAAGCCUUACUGAUAACAAAAAGAGUCAAUGAACACAUGUUCUUUAUGUUAUAUAUAACAUAUACUGUAUUCUUACAGUAAGGUAACAAAAAUUCAACUGAGUAAAUUUUAAAGAUCUAGUUGGCUUUAUUAAUCAAUUCAUGAAUUGGGCAUUAUCCCAUCUAGCAAGUAGAGGGGGGUUCCAAAGGGCUACAGAAAAGAAGUUUUUAAAGUAGAAGAGUGGAAAAAAGGAAAUAAUUAGCAACAAUCCACUGUUUUUUCGGCAAGGUUGCCCUCCUAAGAGGCAUGGAAUAUCGGUAAAUUUCCUAGUGCUCAUCAGGAAAUUCCUAUGUUGACGGGUUAAAGGUUGAAACUGCAGUGAGGGUAGGGACCAAGUUAGUCUUGGUUUACUGACUUGAAGUCUUAACCUAAGUGGCAUCAGUUUGGGCCUGUGGUUUGCUUCUUAGCAGUAAGCUAGAGAAAGGAAAAUGUUAUUAAGAAAAUCCCCUAAGGGGGGCGCCUGGGUGGCUCAGUCGUUAAGCGUCUCCCUUCGGCUCAGGUCAUGAUCCCAGGGUCCUGGGAUCGAGUCCCACAUCGGGCUCCCUGCUCUGCGGGAAGCCUGGUUCUCCCUCUCCCACUCCCCCUGCUUGUGUUCCUGCUCUCGCUAUGUCUCUCUGUCAAAAAAAUAAAUAAAAUCUUAAAAAAAAAAAAAAAGAAGAUCCCCUAAGGAAGAGAAAAUACAUUUACAAUACUGUACCAUAUUUAUCAAAAAUAAUCCAUGUGUAAGUGGAUCUGAGUGGUUCAAAACCAUGUUGUUCAAGGGUCAACUGUACCUUCAUUUAUUCCUUCUUGAAUGUUCUUCCUUUCUAUAUGUAGAUCCAAGUUUCUGGCCCAUACUAUUGUUUUAUUUCUCUCUGAAGAGUGUAACAUUUCUUUCAAAGCAGAUCUUCUGCUGACAAAAUCCCUUAGUUUUCUUUUCUUUUUUUUUUAAAGAUUUUAUUUAUUUAUUUGAGAGAGAGAGAAUGAGAGAGAGCGCAUGAGAGAAGGGAGGGUCAGAGGGAGAAGCAGACUCCCCGCCGAGCAGGGAGCCCGAUGCGGGACUCGAUAUGGGACUCGAUCCGGGGACUCCAGGAUCAUGACCUGAGCCGAAGGCAGUCGCUUAACCAACUGAGCCACCCAGGCGCCCUCCCUUAGUUUUCUUAAUCAGAUAAAAUCUUUAUGUCUCCUUCACUUUUGAAGGAUAAAAGUGUAUCUGUUUUGCUUGACACAGAAUUCUAGGUUUGUGAUUUUUUUUCUUUCAACACUUUAAAUCUGUCACUCCGCUCUUUGUCUUGUUUAUGUGGUUUUUGAAGAGAAGUCAAUGUAAUUCUUAGCCUUGGUCUUCUAAAGGUAAAGUGUUUUUCCUCUUCUAUCUUCUUCCAAGAUUUUCUCUUUGUCUUUGACUUUCUGCAGUUUGGAUAUGAUAUGCCUAUGUUUAGAUUUUUUGGUAUUUAUCAUGCUUGGUAUUCCCCAAGCUCCCUGGAUCUUUGAUCUCAUAGCCAAGAAGAGGUUAGGAGGACAUGAUGACUAAAUUUAACAUGGUAUUCUGGGUACAGUCUUGAGAACAGAAAAAGGGCCUUAGGUAAGAAAUAAAGAAAUAUGAAUAACAUGGACUCUGGUUAAUAAUCAUGUAUUAAUAUUGGCUUACAGUUGUCACAAAUGAGCUGUACUAAUGUAAGAUGUUAAAUAACAGAAAAUUUGGUCUGGGGUGUAUGGAAACAAUCUAUAUUAUCUUACCAACCUUUCUGUGAAUUUUUUUUUUUUUUAUGUAUAAUACAUCAUUCGUUUUUUGAUGUAGUGUUCGGUGAUCCUUUCUGUGAAUCUAAAACUUUUCUAAAAUAAAAAAGCUUACCAAAAUAGUGGAUGGCAUAGGAGGAGUAAUAGUUUUGUUUUGCAACCUAGGAAAAAGAGUUGGAGCAAACUCACAGAGGACUAGGACCUAUAUUCCUCUCUGGUGUGGGAGGAAGGAGAUGACAUUGGAUUGGGGAAGGGCUGAGCCAAAUUGGGGUGUCCAGCUUGUUUCUGCUCGGCUGUCUCCUGGCUCCUCCUGGGAAGAGCAAUAGCUCCACAGAGCCAUGUGUACUAGAGGGUGAGAUUUGGCAAUUCCUUGGUGCAUAGGGUGGUGGUGUGCAAACUCAGAUGCCCAUAGCAUCCAGUUAGGUGGUCCAGAUGACUAAAGCAAGUUGAAUGUAAGAACUGUGGGAGGGCUGGGAACUGUAGCAAAUAGGAGAGACAAGCCUUACAUGAGAGAUCGGCUACUACUCAGUGCUGGCUGAUUUUUGCUAUGCAGGAAGAUAAGCUCAGAUGCCUUCUUUUCUGAUAUUUCAAAAGAAGCUGGAGAUCCAGAUUUUAAAAAAAUUACAUGGAAUAGUUUGCUUUUUUUUGAAUAGUCCACCUUUUUAAACAUUGGUGACUAUUUUAGAAAGUUUUUGUUAAAUAUCAUGCACACCCAAACUGUGCUGAAGGAAAUACUUCUGUGGACCCCACACUGCCAGUUUGCAACUAUUCUCUAUAAACCUGAGCUCUGAUGAGCCAUGUGGACCAAUAUCUGGGGGAGCCAGAACUUUGUCUGUAAAGUCUGUGACUCCCAAGGUCAGUCUAGGGGAGUAAAUGUGUGAUCUCCUCCUUGAAAGUUUUGGACGAUGAAGAGAAUAGCUGUAUGGCAUCUCUGGCAAGUGGCAUGAGCAAAAGCCAGAGUUAGAACAUCACAGGGUGUGUUGAGGGGACUGGAUGAUUAGAGUGAAGAUUCAUAAAGAGGGGAAGUUAACUGGGCUAGAAAGUUGGGUUGGAGCUAGAUUAUGGCGGUCCUGGGCAUUUGGACUUUAUGCUGUUGGCAACACGUGACUGAUCUCCAGCUUCUCUGGAAAGAGCACAAGGCAGAAAUCAGGAGCUAUGAUGAGAAAUUGGACAUUAACCCCUGGAUUUUCCAGCCAGAAAGAGCAAGGCUGAGUAAAUAAAUGUACUGAGUGUAGUUAGAAAAAUUGGAUUCAGGUGAAAGAGACCAUUAAUAACAACCAGCCAAAGAGUGUUUAUGCAUAUGCCCUUGUGUGAUUAUUUGAUACAUAUAUAACCUUUGUAACUGGGCUAGGCUGGCCUGUCUGGGCCCAUCAGAACAGUUCCCACAGGCACCCCAGCUUAAUACCAAUAAGGAAGAUUAGAUUCAUCCUCAUUCUCUUUCCUCUCUUAGUGUCUCUUGACCACCCCCCCACCCCCCAGGGAUGAUUGCACUGAUCCAGAGCUGCUGAAAUGGGGAAAGAAACCUAUGCCUGACCUGUGCACACAGCACACAGCAGUGAUAUUUGAUGUGAGAUUAGGUCAGAGUCAGCUAGGAAGCCUUCUUAGGUAUGGUCACAGCCAACAAAAUGAAAAAGGUUUAUCUGGGGUGGGGGGGUAGUUUUUCCCUCUCUGCCUGGCUGUCCUUUCUCACCCUCCCUUAGGCAUCCUUUCCUCCCAUAAAAUCUAGUCCAUAAUUUCUGUUUGAAACUCCUCAAAUUCUACUAGACCACUAGAUGAGCACAUUCCACUCUCAACAAUAGCAUUAUAUUUCAAACUCUUAUUGUUCUAAUCCUGGCAUUUUAAUAGCCCACAGGAGGCUGAAAUAACUACCCCCACCUCACCACCAUCACCAAGGAGAUCAAAUAUCAUUUCUAGAAUUUAUUAUAAGCCCCUUGUGGUGAACGUAGGACCCAGAGGCCAAGACAUAUUUUAAGUAGGAUAUUCCUAAUGUUUGGCUGGUCCUUUUUUUUUUUUUUUAAGAAUUUUUUGUUUAUUCAUUUGAGACAGAGAGAGGAGAGGCAGAGGAAGAGGGAGAAGUAGACUCGCUGCUGAGCAGGGAGCCCGAUACGGGGCUCCAUCCCAGGACCUGGAGAUCAUGACCUGAGCCAACGGCAGACACUUAACCAUCUGAGCCACCCAGGCACCCCUGGCCGGUCCUUUCUAACAAUGUAUUAAAGUUGGUGUUUUUGUUACUUCCAUCCAUUGGUUCUAGUUCUGUUCAGUGAGGUAAAUCAGAACAGCUCUAAUCUCAUUUCCAUUGUAAUGAAAGAGCAUUUAUUAAUAACAGAAACUAUGAGGAAUCUUGAAAAAGUUGUUAAAUAGUGUAAGUUGCUAGUGGGAUCCUGUCCAAUCCCUGCUCCCUUCCCAACAAAACAAACAGAGGGAAAUUUCUCUUCCCUCAGAGGGAAAGUUGUUUAUGACUUUGCCAUUAAGAUUUAUAAUGAAAACUUUUUUAUGUGUAUAUGGUAAGAAUGAAACUUUAUGUGAAAACUUAAAUAAUGAACAUUCUUGAUAUCCAAAUGGGUGUUUUGUUUUUUUUUUUUUCUAUCCAAGCAAUAGCAUGGGGAAUGUCUUACCCUUAUUUCAAAUUUGCCCGAAAUUUUUUUGUAAUAAUUAAGUAAUUUUCAACAUUUAUCAAGGACUAUUUGAAGUCAAGCAUGGUGAAUAAAGUGAAUGUUUGAGACACCUGGUAAACCUUUUGGGGGUGAUAAACAGGGCAGGAGUAAUAGUAGGGACAGCCUUCAUUAA